CGAUAAAUCUUUGUUUGAAAUCGCAGGAAAUUGUCAUGAUUUGCAAGAGUUUUAUUUUGCCGAAGCGCGUUGGAUCACAGAUAGAUCUAUAAGUUGUAUCUUAAACUCAUGCCUAAAUUUACGAAAACUUGAUAUUGCGUUUAGUCGUGGAGAUAUCAAAGAUGCUAGUACUUUAAUACGAAGAUGUUUUAAUAUAGAGUAUCUUGACUUUAGUGGGGUUAUGGCUUUGCAGAAUGAUGUAUUAAUUAUAGCUAUUAUCAAACGAUCUCCAAAUUUAAGACACUUAGAGAUUGGUUAUAAUGAUAUUGGUGAUGAGGUUAUUGAAGCGUUGGCUUAUAAAUGUCAUAAAUUAGAGCAUCUCGAGCUAGAUGAAAAUAUUUCUCAAAUGAUAUCUAAUGGUAUUCAAACUAACGCACAGUCUCAAAAAUGUAUUCUUAGUUCUUCUAAUGAUAUAUUAUCACAACAGAGUCAAAUUUCUUCUACAGAAAAAACUAUAUUAAGAAUGAUUGGGUAA